AUGUGUGUUGUGCCUGACCGCCCCUCGCUGCCUGGGGAUGAGCCUCGAGCCUUGUGUCUCUACUCUCCUGCAGACCAUCCCGAUGCUCCUCCUCACACCUCAUCCUCGCCUGGCUCUGACUCCGAUCGUGCCAGUCCCCGCCCUGCCAUGGCCUCUGCGACCAGCCACUGGGGGACCCUGAUCAACCCGGAUAAAAGCCCGGCUCCGCUGUUGGAGCAACUAUGUCUCGGCAUCGCGCAGUUGAUGCCCUCCUUCGACUCCAACCCAACGACCGAUCUCACUCCAGACCGUCUCGCCGCGUUCUAUCGCAAAGUCGGCGGUAACUACGAUCCGCUCUUCCUCGAGACCAAAUCUCAAGCCCUCUCGUUCAUCUACCAGUCCCUCGGAUGUUUCCACAGUCUUCAGCCUUCGAAAAGCCCCUACGAACCACCCGCAGUUCCCUCGCUUUGCCCAAAUGGCUUCGUCCGCUGGCAGACCAUUCAGUUGCUCAUGGAUCCGGAUGAGCACUGGCGCUUUCUCAACAACGCGGUGGGAAUGUGGGAUAUCGUAGAUGCAAAGGGCGAGAUCUUUCCCAAGAGCAUCCCCCGCGAUGCGUUUCCUUCGGAACCAGACCCGGAAAUGCUACAGUGGCACGAAGGCGUCGCCAAGCGACUGGAAUAUGAUUAUGUGAAGAGGAACGUUCAUCGAGCGUCGCCUCCGAAUUUCAGCGCUUAUCACUAUCAUUUGAGUGGGAAGGAUCCGUUGCCUGAUGAGGAGGAUUACUCUUCACAUCCUCCACAUCGAUCGGGGUCGCGAAGGCACAAGACUCAUUAUGAUUCAGAUCGGCCGAGUCGACGGAAAAGUCACCGGCGGCGUCUGAGCUCGGAUGACCAUCAUGCGUCUAGCAGUCGCAGACCGGAAUCCGGAUUCUUUGUCAGGCCGGAUGGCGGUCGUUCGGGGGUGUCAUCUCCACGAGAGCUCCGCCUUAUACGGAUCGCCCUCCACGCUCUCAAGGUCGAGACCAUCCAGCCUGCCCGGGAAUGGACGAAGCACCAUCUCAUUCGCAUUCUCACUCUCAUUCAAACUCACAUUCACACUCGCAUGCCCAUGAUGCCGAAGCAUCGGACUGUUCCCCCUCGCAAGGAUAGCAAUGAUGCCCUGCCCAAACACCGUUCCCGACACAACAACCUAUCUCCACCGCCAGAUUCCCGCGGUCGCCGUCAUUCACAUGAUGCCUACACGCGCAAACCCUACCGAGAUCUCUCUCCCAUAGCACCCCGACGCUCCCACGGUAGUGGCAGCCACGAGCUACGUUCUUCGCGGUCCAGCAAAUCGCGUCACGAAGGCCGAUCACGCUCCAGACCUGCUCCACCACCAGACGUUCAGUUCCGGGACCCCGUCUUCGACGGACCCGUGCCGGCACCUGCACCAGAACCCCCGCAGUAUACGACGAUGCCUCCACCACGAGCCGUACCUCGUCACCGGUUUAACCUCGAGCCGGAAGAUACCCGACGAGGCAGCUACAGCGGCGGGAGCACGGGUGGUAGUCGGCCUGGUAGUGGUGGAAGUAGCUCAGAACGGCCACGCUCGUUUAGCAGUGCUGGAUUCCAUCCUCGAAAUUCUCGCUGGACGAGUCCCGUUCGCAGUUCUGCAGCUAAGCGAUAUGUGCCGACGACCUUGGCGGAAGAUGCUACAUAUAAUCCCUCAUCGCCGCGUCGAGCGCCGAUCUACGACUGA